AUGCCAAAUCUUUGGAGUCGACGACAUUCGAGUACAUCCCAUAGGUAUACAGCUCAUAUAAUCAACGAGCCAAUCGACGAGGAGUUUCUCUACGAGAACAUGUUGAAGUACUUCCAUCCAACUCAAGCUGGAGAUGUACCAGACGGCAGGUUCAAGUUAAUUGCAAAGCUGGGCUUUGGUGCUGGGUCUACUGCUUGGCUGGCUGAAAAUCUCAAGUUUGACAAGUUCUGGAACUCAGCUACUCCCCGCUUUGUUAGCAUCAAGAUACCAACCCUUGAUUCCAACGCUUCCGGCGAAUCGAAACGCUCAAAACUCAUCUCCGGCACCAAUCUCUCACAUCCAGGAUUGUCUUUUAUCCGACUACCAAUUGAUGAGUUCCAGUUAGAAGGGCCUCACGGAACACACUUCUGUCUUGUCUACAAACCCAUGCGGGAGACUCUCUAUCAUUGGCAACGUCGGCUCCCAGGAGAGAGGCUUCCUUUGCCACUAUUCGAGUCUUAUACAUUUCUUAUCCUCCAAGCCUUAGACUAUUUACAUACCGAAUGUCAUUUAAUCCACACAGACAUCAAGGACGAUAAUAUCCUGGUGACGAUCGAAGACGAUUCCGUUCUGACUGAUUUUGUCAAGAAUCUGGCUACAAAUCCCCAGCCUAGGCAUAUGUGGAACAUGUUAGAGAACACUAGCCUGUUUGAGAACAUCGUUGACAAGGAUGGUGAUUACGAUGCGCACAUCCACCUUGCCCAGAUCGUUUCUCUAUUGGGAGAGCCCCCUGAAUCGUUGGUCAAAAGGGAACGUGUAUAUCGCAACCUAAAACUUGGCCGAACAAUAGAAAGUCCAAUAGGAAAGGGGUGUGAGACUAUGAACGAGUAUUGGGGAGGGCCCUUCUUUGACCAGAACGUCAUACGUAAAGAUCUUACGGUACAACCACGAAAGCUGGAGGACACUAUCACAGAACUAGCAGGGGAUGAGAAAUAUGUGUUUCUGGACUUUGCUUCAUCUAUGCUCCAGUGGCUGCCUGAGAAAAGGAAGAUUGCCAAGGAGCUGUUGCAGCAUAGGUUCUUCGACUCAUUGGAAGAGGAGCGGGAACGGUAUUUACAGAGUCAUGCCUGA